UAUGUGUGUAGAAAACUAUCUCGCUUUGAACUUUGUGUAAGUACACAGCUUCAGUGUACGAGUGCACCUUUUUCGUCUUAAACUUAAAGCGUUUGUCAAGGAUGCUGAUGAAGAAAGUAGUCCUCAACUCCAGACCAGGGCCAAAUGGGGUGCCAGGUCCUGCAAAUUUCCGCCUGGAGGAGUCAACUCUUGAACCUGGUUUGGAAGAGGAGGAGGUGCUGGUUCGGACGCUUUACCUUUCCGUUGACCCUUAUAUGAGAUGCAAGAUGAACGAAGACAGCGGUGCGGAGUACCUGACCCCGUGGAAGGUAUCAGAGGUCAUGGAUGGCGGCGGGGUUGGCGUGGUCCAGUCCAGCCGCCACGACGCUUAUCGAGAGGGGGACGUGGUCACCUCCUUCACUUGGCCCUGGCAGACCCACGCCGUGGUGAAAGGAAGCAUCCUACAGAAGGUGAACCCGUCGUUGGUGGACGGCCACCUUUCUUACUUCCUGGGUGCGGUGGGCAUGACGGGCCUCACGGCGCUACUGGGCAUGCGAGAGAAGGGUCAUGUGAUCAGAGGAGCCAAUCAAACGCUGGUGGUGAGCGGCGCCGCCGGUGCCUGCGGCUCCGUGGCCGGACAGAUUGGCCGAUUGGACGGUUGUUCCAGGGUGGUUGGGAUCUGCGGUUCCGAAGACAAGUGCAAGGCACUGGUAGAAGUUUUGGGCUUUUCGGGGGCCAUCGACUACCGGCGGCAGGACGUCGCCGCGGGGUUGCAAGAAAACUGUCCCAACGGCAUCGACGUCUACUUUGAUAACGUCGGAGGAGACGUCAGUGAUGCCGUCAUCGCGCAGAUGAACGAGGGUGGCCACGUGAUCCUGUGUGGUCAGAUCUCGCAGUACAACAAGGACGUGCCGUACCCUCCCCCCCUUAGCCAGGAAACGCAGGAGAACCUGCACAGGAAGAACAUCACCAGGGAAAGGUUCAUGGUGCUCAAUUACAUGAGCCAAGCACAAGACGCCCUUGGCGAACUGGGCUGCUUGGUCACCUCCGGACAAGUUAAGGUACUAGAAACUAUCGAAAACGGAAUUGAAAAUAUGGGAGUUGCCUUCUGCUCAAUGAUGAAAGGCGGAAACGUAGGCAAGCAAGUAGUGAAGAUCUCCCACUGACUUGAAUGAAUCUCACAGCGACAUCGACUGUAUUGAACAUUUUUAAUUCACAGCACUAGAAAUCAUAAAAAAAGUGGUCGCUCCCUU